ACUGACAUAAAAACAAAAACAACAAUUCAGUGAAUUUGUGUGAAAUAGACAUUAGAUUAGAAUUUUGGCAAAUAUUUUUACUAAUUUUACCAUGAAAGCCAAAACAAACAGAAAAGAUAAAUUCAAUUAAUUAAAACAGAUGGCACGCAGAAUACUUUAAAGGGAUUAACUGCAGAGAAUUGAUUCAAGAGAGCAGAGAAAUCAACAAAACAAACGUGGACCAUUGACGUUGUUACUGAACAGCGGCGGGGCUUUGAAAAAGACAAAAGAAAUGAAAAAGUUUCACUAAUUAACACAAAACGAACGACGAUAUUAGGGGCGGAGAGCAGCAACGUUGCUGGAUGCGACAAACUAUAAUUUAAACGGCCAACACAGAGGUUUGUCCCCCCAAGAAGUUGUGUUGUGUGCCAGUAGUGGAGGUGGUCGUUUAGUACGUUGUUGUUCAACUAAAUCUCUGGGGAGAUCUUGGUGCUGUUAAUUAUUAAAAUUAUUUUCUUUCCAAAAAAAAAACUGAAAAAAUGUGAAGGUUAUUGGAAACCCCUUUGGUGACGACCUAUGUAGAUUGAGUUUUAAUUUAUUUAAAAGCUCUGCCAGCGUCAAUAGGUCACAUUGUUCCAGAACAGAAAGAACAUCAUCAUCAUCGCCACAACAGUCAAAGCGGCAGAACCGGAACAGCAAAUAAUGAUUGCAGAACAGCAACAAAAACAACAGCAGUGAAGCGACCAAUAACAAAAGUGGUAAAAUAAAAGUUUAAUACUAGAAAACAACAACAAUAGCAACGUAAAUUAGUACAUAGUCGUCGUCACUGGUAUCAGCAAUACAAAUCAGUAAUAAAACAACAGACAACAGUUGUUGAACGGCGGAGUGAUAUGUGCCAUUUGGAAGUGUGUGUUGGCUGGCUAAUGGUUAAGGGCACACGCAAACACAAUAACGACAGCCACAACUAAUUCCAACACAAAAAACAAUAAUUAUAGCGAUGCUGAAAUUCUCGAAAUAGAAACUCGAAUAUAGAUUAAUAGUUUUACACCCCCAUCCCUGCCGACAAAACAAAGUAUACAACUUGCCAAAAGAAAAUACAACAAGCGGACAAAAUGCGUUCCCGUAAGAUUUUAAUGAUUGCUGGAUUUCUGGUCACCUGGACAUUUGUCAUAUUCUAUUUUAUGCCCAAAACAAAUGGUGAAUUUCCAUUGCUCAAGAAUCGUCGACAACACACCGUUGAGAAAUUGGAACAAAAUGCCCGUGAAGAAUAUCACAAGACUGACAAGUUAAUGAUUAAUCUCUUGGGUAUCUUACAAUCGAAAUAUUUAAAUGAACCUCCAGAAGCAGAAGAACAAGAAGCAAAAGAAUCUCACAUAGCUAGUAAUAGUAAUAAUAAUAAUAAUCAGCAACAAACUAUUUUAAGUUUACAAGAGCCACCAGCAAAUGAUAAGUUGUUGCCGGACGAACAACGUCAGCAGGAGGAUUUGCAGCAGCUGCAACAGGAAGUUUUAGAAACACCAAAUGAAACGGAGGCAACCCAACAACGGAUGACAGAGGCAGCUACAACUGUGAUAACACGUCUGGGCAACAAUCAACCUGUUAUACCGGUCUUGGUGUUUGCCUGUAACCGUGUUUCCAUUUCCAAAUGUUUGGAUAAUCUCAUAAAAUAUCGCCCCAGUGCGGAACAGUUUCCCAUAAUCGUUUCACAGGACUGUGGGGAUGAAGCAACGCGAAAUGUCAUUUUGUCCUAUGACAAGGAGGUGAAACUCAUUGAACAACCCGACCAAUCGGAUAUCUUUGUACCACCCAAAGAAAAGAAAUUCAAGGGUUAUUACAAAAUUGCUCGCCAUUAUGGCUGGGCUCUGAAUCACACCUUCAGCAAGGGCUAUGAAUUUGUAAUAAUUGUAGAAGAUGAUUUGAAUGUUGCCCCAGAUUUCUAUGAAUACUUUUUGGGCACACAUCAGCUGCUGAAGCAGGAUAGUUCAUUGUGGUGCGUUUCCGCAUGGAAUGACAAUGGAAAAGCGAACUUAAUUGAUACCUCGCAUCCGGAAUUGUUAUAUCGUACAGAUUUCUUCCCCGGCCUGGGCUGGAUGUUGACAAGAGAACUGUGGCAGGAAUUGUCUGUGAAGUGGCCUAAAUCCUUCUGGGACGAUUGGAUAAGACAUCCGGAGCAACGGAAGAAUCGGGUUUGCAUACGACCGGAAAUUUCUAGGACACAGACAUUUGGCAAAGUUGGUGUAUCCAACGGCUUGUUCUUUGAUAAAUAUCUACGUUAUAUCAAAUUAAGUGAGGAAUUUGUACCAUUUACCAAAAUGAAUUUGAGUUAUCUCUUAAAGGAUAAUUAUGAUAGAACAUUUUUAAAAGAAGUCUACACGUAUCCUGUAGUUACCUAUGAUGAAUUGAGACGAAAUCUCAUAACCCGAGAUGGACCAGUACGUAUACAAUAUAAUUCCAGAGAUGUAUACAAGCGAACAACAAAAAUGUUAGGUUUAAUGGAUGAUUUUAAGAGUGGAGUACCACGAACGGCCUAUCAUGGUAUUGUUUCAUUUGUACACAAUAAACGGCGUGUCUACCUGGCACCGAAUGUCAAUUGGAAGGGAUACGAUUUAUCCUGGAGCUAACAGAAUUUUAUUAUUUUAAGUUUAUCAUAGUCUUAGUCCUUAAGAAAAAUAAAUGAAACAAUGAUGAUUCCUUUUUUAGGUUUAAUGUAAAGAGAAAAAUAAAAACCAACCAACAACAGCAACUGAUAAAUCUAUAUGAAAAUAACACCAAUUAAAAAUAAAAAAAAAUAAUUAAUCAAUCAACAAUAAUAUUAAAACAACCAAUCAACCAAAUAUACCUACUUAAGGCAUUUGUUUUAUUGUUUAUAUUUUAAAAAUAGCGACACUGUAAAAUUUCCACAUUAUAGUUUUAAAAAUGUAUUUAUUAUGUAUUUUUUAUUGUUUAUAGUUAUUGUUUUUAUGAAUCUUAAGUUUUUUUUCUUCUUUUCUCCAAUAUUUUUUUUAUUAUUUUUUCUCAAUUUUUCAUUUGUUAUUAUAACAUUUAUAAUAUAUCAAGAUAACCGACCACCACCUCUUGUCAAAAAAAAGUGUAAACUCCUCUGACUACUACUUUAUACAGUUUAUAAAAAAUAUUAAUAUUUAAUUAAAGAAUCUCAAUGUUGUAGCUGUAAAACUGUUAAGAAAUUAUAUAAAUAUAAAGAAUAAAUAUAUAUAUAUAGAGAGAAAACUAAAUAAAAAAGAGAAUAAAACAAAAUUGUACUUCUAAUGAAAAACAAGAAAA